AUGGCGACGAACGUUAUCAUACUGUGCAUUGCUUUGGCGCCCGCUUAUGUAAUCGCGUUUGGCAAGUACUCGGCAAAUAUAAAAGACUCUGAGUACGUUCGGAGCAAACUGCUGGAGAACGUUAUCAGCCAACUGGAAAAGGACAUCGUCAAGUCAGAGAUGGACGGUGGCAAGUACGACGCGGCGGCGCGGUACGGGCCACAGAUGAAGACCACCGAACGUGAACCCACAGGAGCCGACUACGAUGACGCGGCCUCGAACGGCCCGAACGCUGUGCCGUCGAUCCGGGACAACGAGUACGUGCAGCAUGGCACGCUGUGGGGUGCGCAGUACAUGAGCGGCGGUGCCGGCGAAGGGGUGAAAACCCUGAACCCAGACAGUUCGACGAGAAACAAAAAUGAAGUGAAAACCGUCGCUGCGCUGCCGGCCUACUGCAAUCCGCCCAACCCAUGUCCGGUGGGAUACACGGAUGAAGAUGGUUGUAUAAUGGAUUUUGAAAAUACGGCGGCAUUCAGUCGAGACUAUCAGGAAUCCCAAGAAUGCAUGUGUGAUUCUGAACAUAUGUUUAACUGCGCAAGAUCGAAUAUUGGCACCAAACACAGUGUUGACGUGGACGAACUUGUAAGAACAUUUCAGGUAGAUGAUGAACAUAAGAGUUUGGUUGCGAAAAAAUUCCACGUUAAGAAGGCUUUUAAUCCAUACUUACAAGGAGAAUUUCUGCCCAUAGCAGCAAAAAAGGGAAUUAACAUCGGAUUGUAA